AUGAGCAGCAUUACAGACGAGAAAACCGUCACAGAAGAAAUCGCUCGUCUAGAGAUCCAACCCACCGCUGCCCGUGCCCAAUUGAACCAUUCCCCUCCACCUCCGCCCGCCUCGGACAGUCACCCCGCUUUUCCUCCCAAUGGUCUACCGUCCCACGCUCUUCUUCUUCUCUCCGACUCCGCCCUCCCUUUAGGCUCUUUUGCAUUCUCCAAUGGCUUGGAGUCCUACCUCGCACAUCACCCUUUUCCUGCCAAUCCGAAAGCUGCAUCAGAAGCUUUCUCCCAUUUCCUCACGCUAGCACUUACAACUCUUGCUACAACCACGCUUCCCUAUCUUUUGGCUGCCCAUAGAUCUCCCAAGCAGCUCCCAGAGUUGGACGCUACUCUCGACGCAUGCACUUUAUGCCCUGUGGCCAGGAGAGCAAGUGUGGCGCAAGGGAAGGCGUUGCUCACGCUCUGGGAAAGGGCAUUGAGGACAGGAGCGGGAGACUCGCCCGCUGCAUUGGCCCUGGCGCAGUUCUCGCUGGAAAUGAGAAAGACACCGUUACACUGCGACAAUGACGAUGAGCUCAGCGGACACUUCGCUCCGAUCUGGGCAGCGGUGACUUGUGCAAUGGGCAUCACGCUGCAUGAAUCCACAUAUACUUUCCUGUUCAACCACGCGAAGGCAGUGGUGAGUGCGGCAGUCAGGGCGAGUGUCAUGGGGCCGUAUGCCGCGCAGGGGGUGCUGGCAAGUGGAUGGUUAAGGGGGCAGAUUGAAGAUCUGAUGGCCAAGAAUUGGGACGUGGGUAUUGACGAUGCAGCGCAAGGGGUGCCGAUGUGUGAUUUGUGGCUUGGCAGGCAUGAGCUGCUGUAUUCGAGGAUAUUCAAUUCAUGA